CAGCGAUUGAUACUAUACUGUGUGCGGAUUGUGGUAAGAGCUUUUCUGCUGCUAAAUGUCACUUUGAAUGGGCUAUAAUACACAUUAUUUGGCGACUUCGGUUAACGAUAUGCAGGAGCCUUUUAGAAGUAAGGGAAAGUGGUAGCAGAUAUUGAACCCCAUCCUGUGAACAGGUCGCUGGUUCAACACCCAGGUCCUAUCUUCUUCUAUCUUCUUUUGGCACAACAUCUCUAAAAAUGGACACUCCUGCUCUGUUGGUUCUAUUCUACAUUGCUCUCUUCACAUGUUGCUUAGCAGGUGCUGAAGAAGAUGGUAUAGCGAUUAUCAAAACUGGUGAGGUGCUAGUCCUGGACUGCUUUGUGGAAGGCCCGGGUGGAGAACAAGACCAUGAAGUCGUCUGGUUACUGGACGGUAACCAGGUGUCCAACGCUUCUAGACUAGUCCUGGAAGACCUGGACCAUACUUAUCACGGCAGCAACAUAACAUGCUACAAUGGAACAGCUCUGGUGCAAUCCAGGAUCAUACAUUUUCAUCAUGAAGAUGUCCUAGAAGCAGGUGAGACAUUGAGACUGAACUGCACAACGUAUCCCACCACUGCCUCCGAUGUAACAUGGCACCAUAGCAACAAGAUGGUUACAUCAGACUGGGUUAUCACUGACCUUGAUAAUGGCACAUCGCAGCUGAUGAUACCCAAUGUGAUGCUUGAUGAUAGUGGGGUGUACUCCUGCAUGUCUCCACAAGGUGCUACCAUCAAGGUCUUCAAUGUCUCAAUAGGAUUAUUUCCACAAGCACCAGAAGUUGACUGUUUUGGAUGCAAUACUGUGGACUUCACUUGUGAAUGGAAGGACAUUUCUGAUACUCAUUUACCAACUGAUGUCACCUAUGAAUACAAAGAGUACGGGUAAGCACAAGUCAGAGAU